AUGACAAAAUGUGCAGCACCCAAGAGUGAUCCCGUCGACGUUGAACACCCCUCGAAGCGCAUCAGGAGUAAUGAUAGAAAUUGCACGCCAUCUGCACUAAAUGAUGCAGGUGCAUGGCGUCUUCUACAACGGUACCUCCAGUCUGAUCUGGGCUACACACAGAUGGAAGAUGGAUUAAUAUUGUACCUUGGCAAACAAUACUGUGCGGAUGACUGGGCAGACUAG